UCCGCCCGCUCUAUAAAACUCCCCCCGACUCACUCACCUGGUUAGACAAACACCUCUCUAAUUUACAGCUGAGCGCACGCUUAUUUUAUUGUUGUCAAUAUUUUUAUGCCCUGUUUCGUGGGUAAAUUGAAGUCAUUUUUUCAAUUCUGCCAAUCCUAAAAGUUUAAAAGACAAUUUUUAUGAAUCUUGCAAGUUUUUCAUACUUCACGGGCAUGUGCAACAUGACGGCAGAAUCCCAGCACUCGCCAGCCGAGGCGGCCAGUCCAGUGGUGGUGUCUCCCAACGUGAGCCUGGACUCCCCGAUUCCUCUUCAUCCACCAGCAUUGAACCACCAAGCCCGAACCAAGGACGGCGUUUUGAUCAAAGCCGAGCCUCAGGGCAGCAGUCCAAAUACAGACAGAGAGGAAGGCGUUUCAUUGGGUCAAACAGAAGAACAUCUGCCCGCCACUGGCAGCCGGCGGAGGAAAAGGCCAGUGCAGCGAGGUAAACCUCCCUACAGUUACAUCGCACUGAUAGCAAUGGCUAUCGCCAAUUCACCUGAGAGAAAACUCACUCUAGGCGGCAUCUAUAAGUUCAUCAUGGAACGCUUUCCCUUUUACCGCGAGAAUUCCAAGAAGUGGCAAAAUUCCAUACGGCAUAACCUCACCCUCAACGACUGUUUUGUGAAGAUCCCGCGGGAGCCCGGUAGGCCCGGUAAAGGAAACUACUGGACGCUUGACCCCGCCGCUGAGGACAUGUUCGACAACGGGAGUUUCUUGCGCCGGAGGAAGCGCUUCAAGCGGACUGAUGUUAGCACAUAUCCUGGGUACAUGCAAAACUCGAGCGCUUUUACGCCCACACCUAUGGGUAGACAAGCGUACCCCAACACCUUGUACCCGGGUGUAACGUCUGGCUACGGGACUCAGUUGGCUGGUUCCCCGCACCCGGGGAUGCUGCAUCACUAUCAGGCCUCGGCCGGGGUCACACAGGGCCAGACCAGGAUGUUCAGCAUCGAUAACAUUAUUAGCCAGCAGACAGUGAUGCAGAGUGGAGGAGAUCUCAACCCGCAGUCUCUUGGCCUGAGUGCUGGAGACUUGGGUGCCAUGACCUCCUGCUGUUCCGUAUCCACCUCUGACACAACCUGCUUUCAGACACAAUCGAUAAAUCAAACGAGCAACAUGCUGAACAGGAACACGGGACCUCUUGCUUCAAACAUGACAACCAACUACACGUACCCCUCGUCGGCUUCGCCUCCUCACCUGUCCGGGGUCACGCAGUCCAGCUUCUCACCGGGAGGCUCACAGGUGUACUGUUCGGGAAACAGGAUUUCGCUGCCCCCUGUGCGUUCUGGGUCGUGCGCAGAUCACAGCGAACCUCUUUUAGGUCUCUCCGGACCAACAAUGAACUCCUACAAUAAUUCAUAUAUGAGACAAGCCAAUUUUGCCUCGGGACUGGAGCGAUACAUGUAAAAACUCCUGCAAUGACAGCGUGAUCCACUGCAUCGAGAUUGAGUUCUUCUUGACUAUGUAACAAAAGUUGUGUACCGUGUGAGAGAAUUAACAAGUUAUUUGUGUUGUAUACAAUUAUUUGCAAUACUGUUAUUGAUAUGAGGUCUGAAAUAUUUGACUUUAUAUCAGAGAGCAUUCAACCCCCUGAACAAUGUAAAUAUUUUAAUAAACUGUGUUUGUGUAAUAUUUUUCCGUCUGUUCUCUUUUUUAACUGUCGUUCAGAACAAUUUGAUUCAAUAAUCACACAUAAUAACAGUAACACAAAUAGCCUAC